GAUUGUUGUACAUGCAGUGUUUACACUUGACCGUAAGAUUAUUAUUAUUAUUAUUUCUUUUCAUUAAAAAAAAUCUGAUCAUCAAACCGUUUUUAUUACUGGCUGAUGUGGGAAUAUACAUGUAAAUAAUGGGAAACCAAGGACACUUUGAGAACUUGUCUAGUAGCUGAACAUUUUGAUCAAAGCAAGUCUUUAGCUGUGGAGCACAAAGGCACUUCCUUAUUAAUGUUUAAGUUCUGAAGAAAACGUCCCCCUCCAGAGUCCUAUAAAAAUGCAGAAUUGAACGUUUCAGAACUUCUGCUCAAGACAGAGUUAACUGGAGAAACAUCUGCAUCAUCAUUAUUCAUGCCGUGAGUUGGUGAAGGAUGAUGGCGUCUGUUAAAAAACUGCUUGUGGACUCACUGAAGGAGCUGGUAGAAGCUGACCUGAAGGACUUUCAAUGGCACUUAGUGAAUUUAUAUCAUAAGCGUAUAUCAAAGUCUGAAUUGGAAAAGGCAGAUAGACUGGACACAGUAGAUAUGAUGGUAAAAUGUUUUGGACCAGAAGAAGCUGUGAAGGUCAUGGUGGACAUUCUGAGAAAGAUGAACCAAAAUGAUCUGGCUGAACAGUUGGAGAAUGAACACAAGCAAGCUCAGACUGAGGGCAAUAUGAAGACAUCUGUUUCUGUUGGAGAUCUGCAAAACGUCUUGAAAACUCACAAAAACAACAUGAAGAGAAAGGCUAAAUAUAUUUUUGAGGGCAACAAAGAAAAUGACACAGAUCUCAAGGCUGUUUAUACAGAACUGUUCAUCACAGAGGGACAUAUGAAAGAUGUCAAUCAGGAACAUGAGAUUCUGAAAAUUGAUGAUGCUUUCAAGAACAAAAAAACACAUGACAAACCAAUCAAAUGCAAUGAUAUAUUUACUGAACUGAGGAAAAACAAUGAGGAGAAGAUUGUGCUGACCAAGGGAGUCGCUGGCAUUGGAAAAACUGUCUCUGUGCAUAAGUUCAUCCUGGACUGGGCAGAAGGAAACACCAAUCAGGAUAUAGACUGUGUGUUCCUGCUUCCAUUCAGAGAGAUCAGUGUGAUUAAAGACAGAGAGGUCAAUCUCCAUGAGUUUCUGCUGAAAUUUUAUCCUGAAUUUAAGGAUCUGGUGAAAUCAAAGCUAUAUGAGGAAUGUAAGCUAGCAUUUAUAUUUGAUGGACUUGAUGAGAGUCGAUUGCUAUUGAACUUUAAAAGCGAAACAUUGAACACUGUUGAGGAAAGAGCAUCUGUAGAUGUGCUGUUUACAAGUCUGGUCAAAGGGACUCUGCUUCCAUCAGCUCUUGUCUGGGUGACCUCACGACCAGCAGCAGCCAAUCAGAUUCCUCCUCGUUAUGUGGGUUUGUUCACAGAGGUGCGAGGAUUCACUGACCAGCAGAAGGAGCAGUACUUCAGAAAGAGAAUCACAGAUGAGACUUUGGCCUCCAGAAUCAUCUCACACAUUAAGGCGUCUCGUAGUCUCUAUAUCAUGUGCCACAUUCCUGUGUUCUGCUGGAUCACAGCCACAGUACUUCAGGAUAUUCUCAUGGAGAACAAUGCAGAGAACAUCAGCACAACACUCACUGAAAUGUACAUUCACUUCCUGCGGAUACAGAUGAACAUGAAGAGUCAGAAGUAUGAUGAAGAAGAAGAAAGAGAAUGUUCAGAGCACUUACAAUUAAAUAGAGAGAUGAUUUUGAAGUUAGCCAAGCUAGCAUUUGAACAGCUGAAGAAGGAAAACAUAUUGUUCUAUGAGGAAGAUCUGAGAGAUUGUGGUAUUAAUGUGUGUCAAGACACGGAGUUCACAGGAAUGAUCGCUGAGAUCUUUAAGAAAGAAGUCGGACUUUAUAAGACAAAGGUCUUCUGCUUUGUGCAUCUGAGUGUUCAAGAGUUUCUUGCUGCAGUGCAUGUGUUUGUCUGUUACCUGAACAAGAACAAGCGAGAGCUUCAGUUUUUCUUUGAAGAUUCACAAACUACAGUCAUACAAAAGCUUAAAUUCUCUUUUAGAAAAGUCAAAUUUCAUGACUUAACAAAGAGAGCCACUGAUAAAGCAAUGCAGAGUGAGAGAGGACAUCUGGACCUGUUCCUGCGGUUUCUGAUGGGAAUUUCACUGGAGUCCAGUCAAAAUCUGCUCAAAGGCCUGAUCACACACACUGAAGACACCACAGAGAGCAUCAGCCAAAUAACUGAAUACAUUAAACAAGUACAAGACAAGAAUAUCACAGAUGAAGCUUCAGUCAACCUAUUCUACUGCUUACUUGAGCUCAAAGAUCAUUCAUUAUAUGAGGAAAUCCAGAGUUACCUCAGUUCAGAUGACCAUCCAGGAAGAAAUCUCUCAUCUUCAAUGUGCACAGUGCUGACCUGCGUACUGCUGAUGUCAGAGAAGGUGCUGGAUGAGUUCAACCCAAAGAGGUUCACGUCGUCAUCGUCAAACUACACAAGACUCAUUCCAGCUGUAAGAUGCUGCAGAAAAGCACUAUUUGACAGCUGUGGUUUUGAUGAAACAUGCUGUGAAACUGUGUCUUCUGCUCUACAAUCAUCAAACGCCCAUCUGACUGAGCUGGACCUGAGUAACAAUGACCUGAAAGAUUCAGGAGUAAAGCUGCUUUCUGAUGGACUGAAGAGUCCACACUGUCGACUGAACAUACUGAGGCUGUGUGGGUGUCAUCUUACUGCUCAGUCCUGUGAAAGUUUAUCUUCAGAUUUACAGUCCUCAAACUCUGUCAUGAGAGAGCUGGAUCUGAGUAACAAUGACCUUCAGGAUCCUGGAGUGAGACUUCUUUCUGAUGGAUUGAAGGGUCCAAACUCUAAACUGGAGAUAUUGAGAUUUUCCAUAUGUAAUCUCACUGCACAGUCUUGUGGGAGUUUGUCAUCAGUUUUACAAUCCUCAAACUCUGUCCUGAAAGAUCUGGAUCUGAGUAACAAUGACCUGCAGGAUUCAGGAGUGACACUUCUUUCCGAAGGACUGAAGAGUCCAAACUCUAAGCUGGAGAUAUUGAGGUUGUCUGGCUGUAUGGUGACAGAGAAAGGCUGCCAUUAUGUGUCUUUAGCUCUGACUUCAAAUCCUUCACACCUGAGAGAGCUGGAUCUGAGCUACAAUCACCCAGGAGAUUCAGGAGUCAAGCUGCUUUCUGAAAAACUGAAGGAUCCAAACUGCUCACUGAACAAACUCAAUGUGGAUCAUGGAGGAGAAUCCAGGAUUACAGCAGGACUAAAGAAAUAUGCCUGUUUUCUCACACUGGAUCCAGACACAGCAGACAAGCGUCUCAUCCUGUCUGAGGAGAACAGAGAGGUGACACGUGUGAGAGAGAAACAGUCGUAUCCUGAUCAUCCAGACAGAUUUGAUGUGCGUCAGGUGUUGUGUAGAGAGAGUGUGUGUGGACGCUGUUACUGGGAGAUUGAGUGGAGUGGAUAUGUGUAUAUAUCAGUGUCAUAUAAGAGCAUCAGCAGGAAGGGAGAGGGUUUUGAGGGUGUGUUUGGAUAUAAUGAUCAGUCCUGGAGUUUGAUCUGCUCUCCCUCCAGUUACUCAUUCACACACAAUAAGAUACACACUGAUCUCCCUGUGAAGCCCAUCAGAAGAACAGGAGUGUCUGAUAAUAUCUACAGAACAGGAGUGUAUGGUAAUAUCAGUAGAACAGGAGUGUAUGUGGAUCACAGCGCAGGAACUCUGUCCUUCUACAGCGUCUCUGACACAACAAGCCUCAUCCACACAGUCCAGACCACAUUCACUCAGCUGCUCUAUCCUGGGUUUACUCUUUGUCUUAUUGGAUCAUCAGUGAAACUGUGUUGAUGAAUCUGAUUAGACUGUGAAGAGAUUCUACCCAUAAUGCUUUGAGCUGCAUGAUGAAUCAGUAACAGUGAGAUGUUAUGAGUCUCUUCAUGACAUUAAUACUAAAGCUCAACUUCUGUCACUGAAAUAUCAGAAAACAUUUAUAAUAAAUCCUCAUAUAGAUAGUAAGAUCAGUGUGUGUGUGUGUGUGUGUGUGUGUGUGUGUGUAUUUGUUUUUAUUGUCGUGUCUCAUCAAUCAUUUGUUUUAUUACUGUCCAAAUGUAAAAAUGUCACAGACACGAUUGAUGAAGAACAAUUAAUUUCUCUGUUGUUUUUGUACAGAAAUAAUAAAACAAUGACAAAUCAGCUUGAGAUCAGACUUUAAUUGAUGUUUGUAUCAUGAAUAUAAUCGAUUCCUCACAAGACUGAAAUGAGCUUCUGACAUUAUAAAAUAUGACA